AUCCUCUCUCGGUCGAAGCCCGCCUUGGGCAGCGUCAGCGAGAAAAAGAAGAAAAACCAAACAAAGGUUUCCCGCUUGGAGGAGUAUCUACAACAGAGAGACUACCUCGGGGCACUGACACUUUUGGAGUUUCAGAGAGGUAUUGGGAAUCAGAGGAGCACGCUGACCUCUGGACGGGCUACUGCUCCUUCCACCUGGGCGAUUACAAGAAAGCAAUGGAGGUGUACAAGUCUCUGACCACGGGGCCUGACUGUCCAGCUGAGGUGUGGGUCUAUCUGGCCUGUACGCUGUUUUUUCUGGGGUUCUAUAAAGAAGCCGAGGAGGCUGCGUCUAAAGCUCCGAUGUCCCCCCUCCAAAACAGACUGCUGUUCCACUUGGCUCACAAGUUCAACGAUGAGAAGAAGUUGAUGGGUUUCCACCAGAACCUGGAGGAUGUGAUAGAGGACCAGCUGAGCCUGGCAUCCAUCCACUACAUGCGCUCACACUACCAGGAGGCCAUAGACAUCUAUAAACGCCUCCUACUGCAGGACAGAGAUUUCCUGGCCCUGAAGGUUUACGUGGCUCUGUGUUACUACAAGCUGGACUACUACGACGUGUCCCAGGAGGUGUUGGCCGUGUACCUGCAGAGAGUUCCCGACUCCACCAUCGCCCUCAACCUGAAGGCCUGCAACCACUUCAGACUCUACAACGGCAAAGCGGCUGAGGCGGAGUUGAAGAACCUAAUCGACAUCUCCUCCUGCUCCUUUGAGUUUGCUAAGGAGCUUAUCCGACACAACCUGGUGGUGUUUCGCGGGGGAGAGGGGGCGUUGCAGGUCCUGCCUCCUCUGAUCGAUGUGAUUCCCGAGGCCAGACUCAACCUGGUCAUCUACUACCUCAGACAAGACGAUGUCCAGGAAGCCUACAACCUGAUCCAGGAUCUGGUGCCCACGACUCCCCAGGAGUAUAUUCUGAAAGGAGUGGUGAACGCAGCAUUGGGACAACAAAUUGGAUCGAGGGAUCACCUGAAAAUCGCUCAGCAGUUCUUUCAGCUGGUCGGAGGCUCGGCCAGCGAGUGCGACACGAUUCCCGGCAGGCAGUGCAUGGCCUCCUGCUUCUUCCUCCUGAGACUGUUUGAUGACGUUCUCAUAUAUCUGAACUCCGUCAAGGGUUAUUUCUUUAAUGACGACACGUUCAACUUCAACUACGCUCAGGCUAAAGCCGCCCUCGGCAACUUCAAGCAAGCAGAAGAGAUUUUUCUGCUGAUUCAAAAUGAAAAGAUCAAGAAUGAUUACGUUUACAUCAGCUGGCUGGCACGAUGUUACAUAAUGAACCAGAAGGGUCAGCAUGCCUGGGAGCUCUACCUGAAGAUGGGCACCUCGUCGGAUUCCUUCAGUCUGCUGCAGCUCAUCGCCAACGACUGCUACAAGAUGGGACAAUUUUACUAUGCAGCCAAAGCGUUUGAUGCUCUGGAGAAACUGGACCCAGGAUCCAACUACUGGGAAGGCAAGCGAGGCGCAUGUGUCGGCAUCUUCCAGCUCAUUCUGGCCAACAAGGAGUCCAAAGAGACGCUUAAAGAGGUGGUGCCCCUGCUGCGCAACUCAGGAAACCCUCAGGUUGAAUACAUAAUACGAACUCUGAGGAAGUGGGCCAAAGACAACAGAGUCCUCAUCUCCUGACAGCCAGCAGCACCUGGCUCCAGCUCCUGCCCGCCGCCGGCCCGCAUGACGAGCGUCUCCAUUAUGCACACGUCUCUACUCGUCAUGGUUAUGUCGUCUCUUACCAGUGGUGUCUAUGCCACAUGAAGCAAAGAAAUAUGAAGCUUUUAUCUCUGCUAAACUUCAUGGUUUUAUAUGAAAAUGUGUCAGGAUUGCAAUUCUCAAUGUUCUUCUAUAUUUGUAUUAAAAUGUGAAAUUAA